GACACACCGCAUGUUGAUCAAACAUGGCAGCGACCUUGUGGAGCCGACGUGAAUUAUAACUGGCAGAAAUGAACAUUUAUACAUAUUUACAUUGCAAAAAUACAUAAGCUGCAUAUUCAGUCAUGUUCCCGGUAGUGAAGAGUGUCUUUCUGGGCAUUGUCCGGUCGUCCAGUCAGAGAGAUGUGCUGCAGAAGCAGAUGAAGCUGCUGUCGGCGGGGAUGAGGACCUAUGAAAUCCCUCCAGACUUCAGCGAUGUGGAGUUACCAGAGAAGCCCAAACUCAAGUUCAUGGAGAAAGUGCCGAAUCUGAAACAAGCCAAGAAGGAGAUGAAGAGGCUGCGGGACAUUCAGGGCCCGUCCCGAACCGCCACCAAAUUCAGCCAGGGACAGUACGGCAUUCUGGCUCUGGGUGGAGGGUUCCUGCACUGGGGUCACAUAGAGAUGAUGCGUCUGACCAUAAACCGCAGCAUUGACCCCAGCAGCAUGUUUGCGGUGUGGCGUUUCCAGCCUCCACACAAACCAAUCACACGCAAGAGUCUGGGUCAGCGCAUGGGCGGAGGCAAGGGCGCCAUCGACCACUACGUGACGCCCAUCAAGUGUGGACGGCUAGUGCUGGAGAUGGGGGGACAACUGGAGCUGGUCCAGGUGGAGGCCAUGCUCAAACAAGUGGCCAAAAAACUGCCCUUCCCUGCCAAGGUGGUGAGCAGAGAGAGUCUGGCGUUGAUGUAUAAGGAACAUGCUGAACGUGUCUCCAACAACCAGAACCCCUGGAGCUUCCAGAAAAUUGUCCGCUCCAACAUGCUGGGCAUCCGGAAGGUUCUGAGCCCGCUGGACGUACACAACCACGGCAGAUACACCGGGAAGUUCUUUGACCCCAGCAGGGUAUAGAGAGUGUGUGUGUGUGUGUGUGUGUGUGUGAGAGUGUGUAUGUGUGUCUGAGAGAAAGUAUGUGUGCUUGUAUGCCCAUGAGUAUGUGUGUGUGUGUGUGUGUGCGUGCGUGUGUGAGACAGAUGUGUUAUCACUCAGAUGAUGAACACACACUCGAGCAGGAUGUGGUGUGCUAAUAUUUAGAAAGCUUUUAUAAGCAGAAGAUCCAGAUCAGUUGUUUUGAGUGGUCGGCUCUUUUAUCACACAUGUUUUGCAAGACUUUCAGCUUUUACACACACGCACACACACACACACACACACACACACACACACACACACACACACACACACACACACCUAACAUGUAAUCCAUACAUGUUCACCUGUCUACGGUCAAAUCUGUGAGUGUCUACAUGUCAAAUGCACAUGCUGACAGUGUGUAUAAUAAAUAAAUGUGGUUUGUUUGCAG